AUGAACCAGGCGCGGACAGGGACUCUGUUUCUCUUUCUGAGCGUUCACGUGCCAGGUCUCGGGGUCAAAACGUACGGAGAGCUGGGACUUGAGAUGCUCAGGGAAGAGGCUGCCGACAUAUGGUGUCACUGGGCAGGCCAGGCGGUCUAG